CAUGUUUUUACCUGCAUGGAUGCGCUCAGCAUGUAAUCCCCUAUCUUUGCGUCGGUUUUCCCGUGGCCCAGCUUCAGAUAUGGGAAAAUCACGUAUAUCUUGCUAGAGUUAUUUAAUUACUCAGGCUCUUCGUGUACUGACUGAGUUUAUCACGGGUUAUAGACACAGUAUAUCCAUCGAUUUGAGAACUACGUGGUCAACAUUACGACCGAACACGAGAUGCCUCUUGGAGGUAAAGGUCCAACGACUAUUGCAGUCCUUUCUGCAGAAGCUGUCCUUGCAGCAGCCUUCAUUACUUUGCGGCUUUACACACGCAAAGUUAUGAAAGGAGGCGUUGGAAGCGACGAUUACCUUCUCGUAGUAACUUGGGUCCUCCAAGCACUAUUCGUGGCCCUGAUGAUUGUCUCGUCUAUCUAUGGCUUCGGGCAGCACACGAAAGACAUCUCGUCUGAUGAUAUCCGAAUGGCUACCAAAAUCGAGCUUAUAGGCCAAUUUGUUGUGUCGCUUGCCAUGGGCCUUAGCAAGGUUUCCGUGGCCAUGUUUUUGAUGCGCAUUAUUGUAACUAUAUGGCACAAGGCAGUCCUCUGGUUCUGGAUUAUAACCAUGAUGGCUUGGUCGUUGCUACUAGCAAUUUCCUGUUUCGCUCAAUGCACUCCGGUAGAAGCACUGUGGGAUGCGCGUAUCAAGAUAAAGUCUUGUCCCUUGAAUCUGACCAACAUCGCGUUUAUCAUGUGCUCUUGGUCUGCUGCGAUGGAUUUCUUCUUAGCUGCUUUCCCUUGGAUUGUUCUUUGGAAUCUUAACAUGCAGAGGAGAGAGAAGAUCACGAUUUGUGUUUCCCUUAGUUUAGGGGUACUGGCAGGAAUUUGCGGAGUUAUUAGGACUUCAGGGCUUGCGGUCCUGAGUCAGACAGCAGAUUACCUGUAUGCCACCGCCGAUUCCGUCAUGUGGACGAACAGCGAGUUGACAAUUACUAUUAUCUGCGUAUCCGCUCCUGUACUUCGACCAUUGUGGAGGAGGUUCAUUGGCAGGACAAACACAGAUCAAUCUGAAGAGGAUAGUGAUAGGUCUAAUGGAAUCAUCACGAUUGGGAGAUUACGAAAAGCAAGGAAAUUAGAUAUUGAGCUUGCUUUAGACACCAUUCCUCGGCCGGAUAUUAAGAACACGAGGACGACAGCAAUCGGUGCUAAUAGGCGUAAUUCCGAUACGGGAAGUGAGCAGAGCAUCUUACGGAAUAGUAAGGCUAUUCAGAAGACCAAGGAAUUUACCAUAUCAUACGAGGACGAUGGAGUCUCGCGACUGUAGACAUAUGGUAAUAACUCCGGUAUAUUACAAUAUAGGGACAACAACGCGUCUUAAUUGAGGAAGGGUGUGGUACAUUAGGAGAAAUAGAAUGUACGUGGGUAAAAAGAAUUCCUACCUACCUAGGUAACUACCCACAUUAGGCCAAAGGUCUUUCAAAAAUGAGAACAGCAGUUGAAGCUAUAUAGACC